AUGGCGGAAACUAUGCGGCGAUGGGGGUUCCAGGGGGCGUUUAUCGAUGACGGCGGGGACCGGAUUGGCCACGAGCAGGAGAUAUGGGUCCCGUGGGCUUCGAUUCCGAGGAAUCAGCAGUUCGUACGGGUGAACUACGACAGCUACGACUACAUGGUCGGGACGCCUGUCAUCACGACCGGCAACAUCGACAAUGGCGGCGGGGAGCAAGUGAAGACGCGCAGGACGAUGGGGAAGCGUGAUGAUUUGUAUCCCCGGAACCACGCAAAUAAGGCGUGGAGCAAAAGAUGCGACCGAAACAUCCAUCUGAAGCUUCACCACGACGGGGACUUUAUGGUUUUAUGGGACGCAUAUCAGUCGGACUGCGUCGUCUAUGAUUUUAGGGAGUCGGAAGAGAAGAAGCAGGAGUAG